UACUCCAUGCCCAGUGCCCAGUGCUCCAAGCCCAGUGCCCAGUAAUCCAAGCCCAGUGCCUAGUGCUCCUAGCCCAGUGCUCAAACCCCAGUGCCCAGUGCUCUAAGCCCAGUGCCCAGUGGUCCAAGCCCAGUGCUCUAAGCCCAGUGCCCAGUGGUCUAAGCCCAGUGCCCAGUGUUCCUAGCCCAGUGCCCAGUGCUGCAAGCCCAGUGCCCAGUGUUCCAUGCCCAGUGCCCAGUGCUGCAAGACCAGUGCCCAGUGCUGCAAGACCAGUGCCCAGUGCUGCAAGCCCAGUGCUGCAAGCCAAGUGCCCAGUGCUGCAAGCACAGUGCUCAGUGCUGCAAGCACAGUGCCCAGUGUUACAAGCCCAGUGCG